AUGGCAGCCUCCAUGGCAGAUCGCUUUGCAAAAAAUUCUGAUGAGAGAUACGUUGACAAAAUGUUGAAAGAGAUGUCACAGAAAGAGGUUGAUAGAUUGAUUGAUAAUGCCAGGUUAUCAAGCAGUGUCUCCACAGAUAUAGUUGCUCGUACAGGUCUUGCGUUAUUAGAGCAGCUUUUUCCAUCUGAAGACAUUGAUCGAAGUGAUCAUGAUGCUAUUCUCAUGGCAAUUAUUAAUGAUGCAAAAAAACUGUGUCCUGGUUUGGAAGAACAGCAUAAUUUUCGAUUUGCUUUACUACUUCUAUGGACACUUGUGAAGAAAGGAACAUUUCAGUUGCAUCGAAAUAUUGAAAAGGAAGAUAAAGAGGCACAAGAUUCCAUGGCAGCUUGUAUUGAUGCACUUAAGUCUAUUCAGUCAUUAAAUUCCAAAGGAGCAAGAACUAAUGACUCCAAACAUCCAAAAAGUAUAUUAAAGAUAAAAGACAGGAGUACAAAAUGUAUUGGCAAAAAAGUUCGUUUUGAGGGAGAGGCUGAUAUUCAACCACUUACACAGAUGGACCGCAAUCAGGCUUUAGAUGCAGUUAAGAAGCUAUGGAGCCUCAGGGAAAGUACCAACUAUAUAAUAGAAAGAGUGUCGAACUACAAUGUGACAGAUGAUGAUUUUAGGUCACUCGCUUCUGGGAAAUGGUUAACAGAUCAGAUAAUAUAG